AUGUCGUGCAUCGAGUUUCAGACCAGCAAAAUGUGUACAGUAUUGUUUCUUUUUCUUGAUGCGGACCAGCAAAACACUAAAUUGAGUCAUCUGAUACAUUUUAGUAAUCUUAAAUUGUAUAAACUUGAUGGAAGUAACGAAACACAUUUAUAUAUAAUUGAAAGAGACGGUCAUUCAAAUAGCUCGAUCUCAGCCAACAAGAACGGCGUCGGAAUCGGGACAUCAGACGUUACCAUCACCCCACCAGGCCUAGAGAAAACACCCACCACCAUCUCCCUCUACUCAAAUCAUCUCUCCAAACAUCCAACUUAA